AUGCCACUUCUUAAAUGGCUACAGCAAAAUGUUAAAAAAAAUAGACCAAAAAAUAUAAUAGAAGAUUUAGAUGAUGAUAGACGACAAGCAGAAGAAGAAACAACAAAAAUAAGUUAUGAUGAAGAAGCAGUGAUUCAUCAUGAUGGAAUAAAAUUAGUUUAUUUUGCAUCAGCAACACCAAGUCAAAAUGUGAUCGAUUGUCUCAGUGCAUUGCAUAAAGAUGCUCAAACUUUUGUUGAUGAAAUCAAAUGUGUAGAAUAUGUUAAAUCUACAACAGAUAAAGUAUUUUUAAUAAUUGAUGGUGCACCAUCAACAACUCUUAUUGAAACAAUUGAACCAUUAAUACAGAUUGAUUCUGUAUUUGUUUAUUCUUCAUCAUCAUAUACCUUUACUACAAUUAGUCAAAAACAACAUAAUUAUAUACUUAUUUUAUGUGAAAAUGAAGAUACACUUUACGAUUCAAUAGUUAAAUCUUGCGAAGAACUUGAUAAACAAACAGCUGCAUUUAGUAUGUUCAAUAAAAAAGAAAAAGAAAUAUAUGAUCUUUCAAAAGAACAGGGUUCAUUUUUAUUUUUUCAAUUAUUUAAAUUUCUUUUAAAAAAUUUGCCGAAAACAUAUGAAGCAAAAAAGACAAUGAUAAGAAUAUGUCGAAACUAUUAUCGAAGAAAUUUAACUGAAUUAGCAAAUAUCGAUGAAUUUGAUCAUACAUAUAGAUCAUCUGAUGCUAUAUCAUGGUAUAUGAAAGAAACAUUUCUUUACAAAUUUAUUAACAAAACACUUCAAACACAAGAUGUUGAUCUUAUUUAUCAAUUUCGGUUUUAUAUUACAGAUUUAAGUGAACAACUUGAAUUAAUAUUUAAAGAACUAAAAGAAAAACAAAAAGAUGUUUUAAAACUUUAUCGUGGUGUACAAUUAAAUCAGGAUGAAAUGACUGAUUAUCAAAAUAGUGUUGGAAAUUUAAUAUCAAAUAGUGGAUAUUUAUUAACAAGUAGCGAACGUUCAGUUGCUUAUGAUUUUGCAACAAAAUCUGCUAAAUCAGAAGGUGUUGUACGUGCUUUAUUCGAAUAUUUAGUGGAUUUAAACGUUGUUCAAAAUAUUGUUAUUGCUGAUAUUGGACAAUAUUCAGCAUUUCCUGAAAAAGCUCACUUUAUGAUUGAUAUCGGAGCAACAUUUCAAAUCGAUUCAUGUGAAUAUAAUGCUAAAGAAGAUCUAUGGCAUAUUAAAGUUCAUGCAACUGAUAAAGGUGCUGAUUUAGCUGCUGAAUAUAUUGAAUAUCAAAAGAAAAAGAUGACUGAAUCAAAUAUAGCAUUAAUCUUUGGUAAUUUACUUCUUGAAAUGGGUGAAUAUGCUAAAGCUGAACGAUAUUUUGAUACUAUUCUUAAUUCAUCAAAUCCAAAUAAUGAAGAAAUUGCUUGUAUAUAUUUUAAUUUUGGUCGUACACAUCGAUUAAAAGGCGACUUUGAUCGUGCAAUAAACUGUUAUAAUCGUGCAUAUAAUUUACAUAUAAAUGCUCGACCAGAACGUUUAGCAAGUGCUGGAAAAACUUUAAAUGGCCUUGGAGUUGUUUAUAGUGAACUGGGACGGCAAGUGAAAGCUGAGGAAUGUUUUCGACAGGCUAUGGAAUUAUAUAAAAAAAGUAUUCCAAAAAACCAUGUUGAUGUUGCUGGAACAUUAAUUAAUUUGGGUACUAUUGAUUGUGAUCGAAAAAAUUUUAAACAAGCAUUGAGUAAAUAUCAAGAAGCAAAGAAAAUUUAUGAUAAUUCUCUUCCACCAGGUCACCCAAAUCGAGCACUACCAAGAGUUAAUUUAGGUAAUGUUCAUUUGGCAACUGGAAAUUAUGAAAGCGCUCUUCAAGAAUAUGAAUCAGCAUUGAAAUUACAAGAAGCAUCAUUACCAGCUGAUCAUGCAGAUAUUGCUCGAACAUUACAUAAUUUAGCGAUUGUUCAUACACAUCGAGGAAAUAUGAACGAAGCAAAAAAAUAUUUAGAACGUGCAAAAGAAACAGCUGAUCGAACAUUAUCUUUGAAACAUCCAGUUAGGACAUUAAUUGAUAAAACAGAAGUUGUUUGA